UGUCAAAGUUUCUCUGUAGAUGUUCAAGAUAAAGUGGAAAUAUACACGUUCAUUAUCACAGAGAGGAUCAAGGAAAGCCUGGAAACAACUAGUCAUUAGUUCAACCACCACUGUGACUUUACAGCAGAUUCAAGCCCGGAUAUUAAGAUGAGCACAGAGCAUGUGGAGGCUUCAGAAACUCAGAAUGAACAAGCUGACAUUGAACAAAAUGGAAUUGAUUUCACCAGACAAAUCAAAACCGAGGACCUGAACGAUUCUCCUCACUCAGCUGUAUCACACAAGACAUGCCACCUGACGCAAGGCUCCUACCUGUCUGGAGGGUCGCUUGCUGGACAGGACGUCCACUCGUUACACACUCUUCCACAGUUGGUGCUGAUGCCGGGCUCCCACCUGUCCUCGCCGCCCUCCUUCCUCCUCUCUCAGCCGCAGGCGUCACAUCAGGCACUGCUGCAGCCAAAUCUCCUGUCCUUACCAUCCCAGUCCCAGGCUGGACUGCUGCCCCAUCAACCUGGCCUCGCGCUCACUCCACAGGGCAUGAGUCGCGCCGGCCUGGCAGGGCCAACAGUAGAUGGCCACCUGGAGAUGUCUCACCUGCAGGUCCCCAAGCACACGCACGUGGGCCCUUCGCCGCAGGAUGAACCCAAUGACCUCGAGGAGCUGGAGCAGUUUGCCAAGUCCUUCAAGCAGAGGAGGAUCAAACUGGGCUUCACGCAGGGUGACGUGGGGCUGGCCAUGGGGAAGCUGUAUGGGAAUGACUUCAGCCAGACCACCAUCUCACGCUUCGAGGCGCUCAACCUGAGCUUCAAAAACAUGUGCAAGCUGAAGCCGCUGCUGGAGAAGUGGCUGAGUGAUGCAGAGAACUCGCCGUCCGACUCGAUCCCAAACCCCACCACGCUGCCUCAGCUCAUGGAGGGCUACGGCAGGAAGAGGAAAAAGAGGACGAGCAUCGAGACCAACAUCAAACUCACGCUGGAGAAACGCUUUUUAGAUAACCCAAAGCCUAACUCUGAGGAGAUUGCACUGAUCUCUGAAACGCUGUCCAUGGAAAAGGAGGUGGUUCGUGUUUGGUUCUGUAACCGCCGGCAGAAAGAGAAGAGGAUCUACUGCCCGGUGUCCACCUCCCCCAUAAAACCACACAAUUUCAACUCCAGAGUGCCCACCACCCGGCCAUACAGUCCUCUUGCAACAGGGGGAGUCUCCUCCAGCUCAUCCCCAGGCAGCCCAGGCCGUGGGUCAUCUCCGAGCGGCAUCUCCUCUGUGUCCAACCCUCUGACCUCCCAGGGGGUCAACCAGUCCUUCAGCUCUGCAGGGCCCUGGUAUCGUUCGUGGAGUCAUGCGUCUUAUCAUCACUAACAGAUCAAGCCAGCUGGACCUUUCGGAACCUGUGGAUCAGGUCCUGUUGCCGUACAUGGAGGCCAUUGCGUUGUUUCACUGCCGUCAAAUGGAUUUUGGCGAUGCAUUUUAAAUCUCGAUCAUGAAGACCUUUGUUCACUGAAGUCAAAUGGAUUUUGAAAAUGGGGUUUGCAGGGACCACCCUUAGCUUUCUAUUCACUGGAACAUCUCCUGUUUCCUCUUCUCCACAGUAAGCCUAUGUUGUGUGGUAAAACAAUGUGCCACGUAAACAAGUUUGAGUUCAAUAUCAGCAUAUGUCAUAGAACCAAUUCCUCAAGGACAUUUGGUGUCUUGCCAACCGAGAAGAGGACAGAAGAAUGGGCAACCCCUUUGGGAAGAAAUGUAAAUAUAUAGCUGCCUUGGAGAUCCGUUGACACCAGUGUGUUUACAUUAUAUUUGUUGCUGUUUGUUUGUUCUUGCUCCUGUGCUUGUUUGUCAGGGGCCAAUAGACCCCAUACAUUGCAGACACAUAUUUGUGUAUAUGCAAAAAAUAGAUGUGGACAUACUAACAUUUGGAGGUAUGUGCUUAUUAUCUAUCAAAGAAGUUGACAUAAAGUUUCCUUGAACUUAAAUUUUAAUGACGGUAUUGUAAUGCCUGAUUUCAGCAGAAUAUUAGAGGUUUGCUUAUCACGUGUCCAGUAUAAUGACACUGCUCCAUAGCCACACACCACAUGCCUGUCCAGCGUCUGGAGUUACGAUUAUUCCUCUACUGUCCUCUCUCCACUGUUUGCAUGUUAGCCACUCCAGGUGAUUUGUUCAAAGCUAAUAUGAGAGCAACCGAUAUAAUAUAUUUACAGCAGAUGAAGGAAAACAAGAUGUGGGUGGCAGGACUUUAAAAACUGGUAGAGAAAAUGGGCAAUGGUAGAGCAAUGUGCCACCAUCAAAAAAUCUCCAGAAAAAGAAAUGUUUUUUUUAUAUUUAUUUGAAUUUUUUGCUUGUUGUUUUAAAUCCAGAGAGAAAAUGUUGAUAGUAAAUUGGGCCUCAGAAGAGGUUACCAUUGAGUGAAUGCUUGUACAUUUGCAACGGAUAUAAAUGAUGGAAUUUCCAUUCAGUAAAUUGUCCUCUUUUCAUUGCUUGUAAAGAAAUGCUGUAUAGUACGCCAUUGAUGUUGUGUGAAAUGAGUGAAAAUGCUUACCACUACUGUUAUUCUUUAUUUA